CAUUGAUAACCCGCGGCUGAGGGAAACUCAGUCUCACUUCGCGGCUGUCCUCCCAUCGCCUGGUCCUGCUCUCCCUCUCUCUCCCUCUCUCUUCCUUGCGUACUAUUUCUUCCUCUGGCUCCCUAACCUCGCCCCCCUCGGCCCAGGCUCUCGGACCGUUGGUGAAACCUGGUGUUACUUUGCGAGUCUCCUGCCUCCCCAUCGCUAGAGCCGUCGUUUCCAUCCCAUCCGUCGCCAUGACUCCCGCUGCGCCGGUGGUCCUGCUGCUGCUGGGGCUCAUGGGCGCCCACGCCACGCUGCCAGCAGUGCCCUCUCUCGCGGAACUCCGCACUGCCGCCGCAAUGGCGGCCGGUCUGUGCAAGACCCGCCCCACGGACCUGGUGUUCAUCGUGGACAGCAGUCGCAGUGUGCGACCCUCAGAGUUCGAGCAGGUCAAAGUGUUCCUGGCCAAGGUCAUCGAGGGUCUGGACGUCGGGCCCAACGCCACCCGCGUCGGAGUGGUGAACUACGCCAGCCGGGUGAAGAACGAGGUGUCGCUGAAGACCUACCGCACCAAGGCAGGUCUGGUGAAGGCUGUGACCAAGAUCGAACCCCUGUCCACGGGAACCAUGACCGGUCUGGCCAUCCAGUUUGCCCUCAACGUGGCCUUCAGCGAAAGCGAGGGUGCUCGGGUCAAGUCCCCUGACAUCAGCAAGGUGGCCAUCAUCGUGACGGACGGGCGGCCCCAGGACAACGUGAAGGAGGUGGCCCAGCGCGCCCGCGACGCCGGCAUCGAGCUGUUCUCCAUCGGCGUGGGCCGCGUGGACAUGAACACCCUGAGGCAGAUGGCCAGCGAGCCCCUGGACGACCACGUGGACUACGUGGAGAGCUACAGCGUCAUCGAGAAGCUCACCAAGAAGUUCCAGGAGGCCUUCUGUGUGUCGGACCUGUGUGCGACCGGUGAUCAUGACUGUGAGCAGGUAUGCAUCAGCACCCCGGGAUCAUUCAAGUGUGCCUGCAAAGACGGCUUUACCCUCCUGGAUGACGGCCGCAGCUGUAGUGCAUGCAGCGGCGCCGCCACAGACGUGGUGUUCGUGAUCGACGGUUCCAAGAGCGUGCGGCCCGAGAACUUUGAGCUGGUGAAGAAGUGGAUCAACCAGAUCGUAGACAAGCUCGACGUCUCCGAGGCCAAGACCCAUGUAGGGCUGGUGCAGUACUCCAGCUCCGUCAAGCAGGAGUUCCCACUGGGGCGCUUCAACAACAAGAAGGACCUGAAGGACGCAGUGAAGAAGAUGGCCUACAUGGAGCGGGGGACCAUGACGGGCCAGGCCCUCCGCUACCUGUCCGACCACAGCUUCAACCCCAGCCAGGGCUCCCGCCCAGGGGUCGCCAAGGUGGGCAUCGUCUUCACCGACGGCCGCAGCCAGGACUACAUCGGAGACGCUGCCAAGAAGGCCAAGGAGAACGGAUUGAAGAUGUACGCUGUGGGAGUGGGCAACGCCGUGGAGGAUGAGCUGAAAGAGAUCGCCUCAGAGCCCACGGGGGAGCACUACUUCUACACGGCCGACUUCAAGACCAUGACCCAGAUCGCAAAGAAGCUGCAGAUCAACAUCUGCAAAGAGGAGGACCCGUGCGAAUGUGAUUCCCUUGUAAAGUUCCAGAAAAAAGUGGAGGAAGCACUCCAGGCACUGACAAAAAAACUAGAGAGUGUGUCGAAGAGGAUUGCUGCACUGGAGAGUAAAAUUGUCUAAGGACACACACCCACACAUCCAACACACACACUCUAUCUCUCUCUCUCUAUCUCUUUGAACAACACGCAUAUCAUUUUGACAUUCUGUAAAAUAUUAAAGAAAGAGCAUGUGUGACUCUUGACCUCUGCUAAUCCACACUCUCUCUCUCUCUCUCUCUCUCUCUCUCUCUCUCUCUCUCUCUCUCUCUCUCACACAAACACACAUAUCUUACCCUGGCCAGCUUUGGUGACAUGCCGGUUGCCACGGUGACCCUUCCUGUUUGUGCGUCUGCUCCUGAAGGACAUCCUCCAUAGCAGGCCUGUCUGUUUGUUAAUAAAGGUCUUCCCUCAUAGGGAAACGGUGACAGUA